AUGUUAUUAUCAUUAAAAUCGAUAAUAGUUGUCACGCUUGCAGCGUUCGAUUUAGCAGCUGCCACCUUGGAGGAAGACCAGAAGAAGCAGUGCACAUUUACUUGCCCCUCUUCCUCUGGCAGAUCGGAAGGAGGUUGCGCCAGAGGAACGCAGUUCGACGGCGAUGACCCGGUUAAAUGGGAAUUCGUAAAAGCACACUCGACAGAAAAUCACAAAGACUUUUAUAAUUGUCUCGGCACCGACAUGGCUUAUAGCACUUGCUGUGUACCGGGCACCAUUAAAAUCCCGUCCGAAGGCAAGGUCAGUAUUAGAGAUUCCCAUUAA